UUGAACGGCGUUUCCUCCAUCGCCUCAAAUGGCUGUUGCGUUUUGCGUUAAGAUCAGUAUUCUGAUGGGGCUGCUGUUCGGACAGGGUAAGCCAGCUCGAUUGUACACUGAAGAGGAUCCAGUGGUUAUACUGAGCAGCGACAGCCUGAAGCAGUCCGUGUUCAACUCCUCCAGCGCCUGGCUGCUUCAGUUCUACUCGUCGUGGUGUGGCCACUGUAUCCAGUACUCUCCUACAUGGAAGGCACUGGCCGGCGACGUGAAGGACUGGGCACAGGCCAUUCGUAUUGGAGUUCUGGAUUGUGCUCAUGAGAAGAACUUCGACAUCUGUAAGGAGUUCGGAAUCCACUUCUACCCCACCUUCAGAUAUUUUAAGGCACAUGAUACCACAAAUGAUUUGGGGAAGACAUAUCGAGGGGCUGACAGAGAGCUACAGACAGUGAGGCAGUUGAUGGUGAACUUCCUCCAAAACCACACUAGACAAAACUGGCCUGUGGGCUGCCCUCCCCUUGACCCUGACAGGUCUGAGGACAUCCUGUCCUUAAUGGGGAAGAAAACGGAGCUCUAUACUGCAGUUAUAGUUGAGGACGGAGACUCUUAUAUAGGGAGAGAGGUAAUUUUGGACCUAAUGCCAUAUGAGGGUAUAGCAGUGAAGAGAGCUCUGAGCUCAGACAAACUUCUAAUGGAGAAACUAGGGAUUAAUUCAGUUCCCUCAGCAUACCUCUUCCACCCCAACGGCACACACACUGUGAUGAAUGUUCAGAAGAGGCUACGCUUUUUCUUCUCCUCCUUCCUAAAACUCCUCCCUGGAGUCCACAGGAAGCAGUCCACCUCAUCCCUGCAGCGUCAUCAGCCUGGAAAUAAUGGGCAGGGAACCCAGGUGGAGUGGAAAGAGUUUAAAAAGUCUAAGGUAUACAUGGCAGAUCUGGAGUCUGGCUUACAUUAUCUACUGAGGGUUGAACUGGCCACCCACAAGACCUUAGAAGGAGAAGAACUAAAAACCUUCAAGGACUUUAUAACAGUUGUUGCCAAGCUAUUUCCAGGUCGCCAGUCUGUGGUGAAACUUCUUGAGACGUUGUUAGAAUGGCUAGUCAGUUUACCUUUGGAGAAGAUCCCCUAUGAUGCUAUUCUGGAUCUAGUUAACAACAAAAUGAGGAUAUCGGGCCUGUUCCUGAGUGAGCAAGUGCAGUGGGUUGGAUGCCAGGGUAGUAGUGUGGCACUAAGAGGAUAUCCCUGCUCCCUCUGGACACUGUUUCACGUUUUGACUGUGCAAGCUGCCAACCGGCCCGACGCUCUAGCCAACACUGGGUUUGAGGAUGAUCCUUUGGCAGUGCUUCAAACCAUGCGGCGCUACAUUGGGACCUUCUUUGGUUGCCAGGAGUGUGGGAAGCAUUUUGAGGAGAUGGCUCAGGAGUCUCUGAACCAGGUCAAGUCUGUUGAUGAGGCAGUACUGUGGCUGUGGAGAAAGCACAACCAGGUUAAUGCAAGACUGACAGGCUCAAUGAGCGAGGACCCCAUGUUUCCUAAGACUCAGUGGCCUACUCCUGAUCUCUGUCCCACAUGCCAUGAGGAGCAAGAAGGCCUUCAUGUCUGGGAUGAACAGAUGGUCCUGGCUUUCCUCAAACAACACUACGGUGCUUCCAACAUCUCCCCAAAAUACUCCAGCAGCAGCCAACCAGAGCCAGGCCCUCCGGCUCUUGACAAACCCAAAGCCAUAACCAAACCUAAAAGCAACGUUCACCUCAACCAGAACCUAAAACCUUCUCCUGAGAAUAUUCCUAAACAUCAGAAGAGGACUGGCAUUAAUGGUGCGGAAGAGAAGCACUCUGGUGUCCAGAUAGAAGCCAGACCAGGGAUGACGUUCCUGGGUCUGGGAUUCUCCAGCGUGGAUAUGAGUCUCUGCGUGCUGCUCUACGCCCUCUCCUGCGUCUUUCUCAUGUUCAUGUUCUUCUUCUUCCGCUUUCGCUCAAAGAGAUGGAAAGGCAGAAACUACCGGCCUUAUGUAUAGUGGUGGAAUACUGAAAUGGAAAACUGUGAAUAAGGUGCCUAGUGUUGAAGGAGACUUUUAAUUUAUUUGAUUAUUUUAAUUUUUUGGGGGGUGGGGUGAGCGUUGUUGAUGUUUUUAUGAUGUAUUUUGUAAUGAAGAGCUUGUCUAAUGAUUGAUGAAAGCUCUGCUCAGGCCUAGUUGUGUUAGCAAG